UGAAAAACCCGAAACUGGAUAAGGGGCUGGAUUGUUACAAAAUAAAACACAUUUAAAGCGAAUGUAUGAUACACGAAAAAACUUUUGUUUAACGUAGACAUUUGAAUACAAUGUUUUAGACUUUCACUUUUCCUAUGUAGUAUAUACAGUUUAGGAAUCUAUAUUUUAUUAAAUAGGAGCUACAAGCUCGUUUUCCAAACUGAGAUCACUUUUCAAAAUUGAUAGAAUAUGCCAUUUCCAAACUGAGAUCAUUUUUAUUUCGUUAACCUGAGAAAGGUGGCGUGGGAGAAAAAAUACCCCACACUUUUAUUUUUUGUUGCAGUUUUUGUGUUCAAAUCGGUACAUCACCUCUGACACUGGAAUGUACUGUCACCCGACGGCCCGUACCGAGUGGAUAACUCGCCUGGCGAAGUUGGGAAGAGACUGAUUGAGCCAAUAAGUGGUACAGGGCGGAACAUCACUAUGGAUAACUGGUUCUGCAGUGUGCCGCUUGCUGAAGAACUUUUGAAGGACUACAAACUGACCAUUGUUGGAACUCUCAGAAAAAAUAAGACGUAGAUACCUCCAGAGUUUUUCCCACGCCACCUUUCCCGGGUUAAUUAUGAAAAGUGAUCUCCAUUAAGAAUGAGCCUUUAAAAGAUAUAUCUGUAAAAACGUUUUCAACUCUAAAGACUCUUUGGUUAUCAAGAUAUGAGAAAAACAAAAAGUCUUGAAAAUAGUGGAACUAUUAGAACACUGAAAUCAUUCAUUGCUUCUCAAGCAGGCCACAUGGAGACAAAUCCCUUUCGGCUUUCCUUACUACUGUAGCCUCUGAUCCUUACUCGUGAUAUAGGCGAGAAUGGCGUCUGAGAUUUGAGAAUGUUCUUUCGUAAGAGAAAACUAGUUUUAUAUCAUAUAUGUAUUGCUGCUGUUGUAGGGAAACUUUAUCGGUCUGUGUGUCGUACAUUACCAGGAUGGAAGAAAGUUAAAAAUGAGAUAUUUGAUGAUCAAUGUGAUUUAUCGUCUAUUGAAAUAGAUCCAUCUUUUAGACAUUCCAACUGGAAAAAAUAUUUAGAAGAGGCACAAGAUUUAUAUACCAAUUAUAAACUGGAAUUAUUUGAAAUAAUGCAUGCAUACGGUUUUAACGACGAAAUUGAUAUGUUUUGUUGUUGCGAAUCAGCACGAGUUAAUUCCCAUGAACGGUGCGACAUUCAAACAACAGUUCAAUAUCUAUUAAAACAAUUAUUUGAACAUACAUUGAAAAAAUUUAGCAGUUCAGUAUUUCAACAUAAUAAUUAUUAUAACUGCCCAAAAUGCGACAGACAAAUGGCAAAAGCAUCAGCGUGCUAUGUAGUUUGUUACAGCACUGCACAGACAAUUAAGAAUAAAUCCGAGCGUAUAAUGAGUUUCGCUUGGAUAUUUACAAAAUGGUUAAUGAAAAUUCAGUAUCAAGAGACACACCUUAACCAACACAAAUCUGAUAUUGUAGGAAUUGCCAUGAGACAUUACUUUCAGGCUACGUUUGUAAAAUACAAAUUGCUAACGUGCCCUAUUGAUCAAGCACCAGACCAAAAUAAAACAUAUAUUUUCUUGAAAGAAAUCAAUUUCGGACAUUUAACUGUAUUACAACUUCCUAGCAUAGCAAUUAUAUUUAUUGAAAUCAUACACAAUUGGUUAUUACAACAAAACAUCUUUGGUAACUCAUGUGACGAUCGAAAUCGCAAACCAUUGAUACGUCAGUCAUGCUGGUAUGAUAUUAUGACACGUUUUAUUCUAUUAGAAGCCGACUACAGGGGUACACUAGUGCCAUUAAAAUUAAAUUUAAUAUUUGAAGAAAGAAGUAAACAACUAUGCGAUGAUAAUUGGUCACAACAAGAUUACAGCUUAAUUGAAGGUAUGUUUUACAAAUUAUUGAGUGUAUGUUUUGAUCGUGCUCGUCAAUGUAAUAUCAACACAAAUCCAGAUUCAAUCUAA